GUUUUUGAAAUGACUGGUGGUAUUACACCCACAUGGGACUUGUCAACUUAUGUCACAGCGUGACGGGCCCGAUGGCUGUGCUGUGCCCCUCAGAUGUUAGCAAUUUAAAGCUCUAAGUAGCACUGUAACUGCUGUGGACAGGCGUGUCGCUUACCAACAGGAGCACGACUAGUUCGUCCUGAACUUGGUAUCAUACAAAAAAUACUUAUGUUAUGUCUAGGACUCUAGAUCUCGAGUAUAUCAUAUUAUACGUAAACAACAAACUUUCUCUGCGACAUUCUAUCGCUUCCUUCUGAAAUUUAACGCUACAAUACAACCGCACAAGAUUAUAUAACGAAAUGCCCCCCUUUAUAAUGCCAGUUGCAAUGUUCCCAGUAGUCAUAUCAUAGCUAACCAUGCCUGAAGUACGUGUGGAAGAAGCGAAGAGGUUCAUGGAGGAUAGUCUUAAGGCUGUUGGUGCUCCCGAGAAAGAAGCUAAGGCUCAUGCUGCCCUGCUACUCCAUGCGGAUCUGACAGGACAUUUCAGUCAUGGAAUGAAUAGAUUGGAACUUUACAUCAAUGACAUUAAAUCAGGAGCUACGAAUGCAGCGGCAACGCCAGUAAUCCUGAAGGAGUCUGCAGCGACGGCCUGGGUGGACGGGUGUGAUGGCCUCGGAGCCACUGUUGGCAAUUUUUGCAUGGAACUGGCGAUUAGGAAGGCUAGGGAAGCAGGAGUUGGAAUUGUUUCAGUAAAACGGUGCAAUCAUUUCGGCAUGGCAGGUUGGUGGGCGCAAAAAGCACAGAGCGAAGGUUUUAUAGGAAUGGCUUUCACCAACUCUUCACCUGUAAUGGUGCCGACCAGAGCUAAACACAGUGCCAUGGGGACGAAUCCGAUCUCGAUGUGUGCUCCUGCCGACGAUGGGGAUUCUUUGCUUGUGGACAUGGCUUCGACGGCUGUUGCAAUAGGAAAGAUAGAAGUGCAAAUACAUAAAGGGGAGCCAAUACCAGAUGGGUGGGCUUUAGGCCCCGAUGGCAAGCCCACUACUGAUGCCCAACUAGCUUUUGAUACAGGUCGAUUGUUGCCGCUGGGAGGGUUUGAGAAAACCAGUGGUUACAAAGGAUACGCACUUAGUUCUUUGGUCGAAGUUCUAUGCAGCGGAUUAUCUGGUUCAAAGGCAACAUAUAACAUCCGUAGCUGGGCGCUGGAUAGCGAAGAAGGGCCACCCAACUUGGGCCAGUGUUUCGUGGCAAUAGAUCCCAAUUGCUUCGCGCCUGGCUUUGGACAACGCAUUGCCGAUUGUUUAUGUCAUUGGCGAGGCAUGGAACCGGUGGAUCCAACUCUCCCAGUUCUGGUACCAGGGGACAAGGAGCGUAGUAAUGCAGAGAACACGACGAAGAAAGGCUGUAUUACAUACGCUAAAGGCCAAGUUGAUGCACUUAAUAUUAUGGCAAACCGGCUUCAUAUAAAACCUGUUGAAAUCUUGUGAGCUUUUUAUUAUAAAUUCAAACUAUAAGCCAGUGAAUACACAUCUAAAAUAAAAUGUAGACAAUAUACACGAUGACUUUUUAGUCACCGUCCAAGUUUUUACUAAGCAUUAUAUUAGGUAUCAUACAAAUAUUCAAUUUUAGAUAAAAACAUUGGUAGAU